CUUUAAACAACUAAUAAAUGAAAUACUAGUUAAUUAAUAGUAUAGAUCCAUCAAAUUCCAAUAAGUUUUAGGAUACGCAAGGACUAUACAAAAUGCUUAAGGUUCAACGAUAGAAUGUUGAUAUCGAUUGAGAAGCGUCAGAAUAAGAAUGACAUGGUCUAUUGAGCAGAGUGAAAAAAUAGAAAAUUUUUGUUUUUUUGAAAAUUUGAAAAAUGAAAAAUUGUAAGCAAAAGUAAAUUGUGACAUGGAUAGUGUGUUAAAAUAAUUUCAUAGAUGCUUAACAAUAUUGAACAGAUUAAAAUCUUAGUAAAUGAAUAAAAAUAAAAUCUGAGAGGAUUUGGGAAACAGCAU